GUGCAAGCUGAGAGACGCUGCGGCCACUGUCCUCUCCCUUCCCCACCCCCGUUUGUGAUUACCCCGUUUCUAGGGCAGGAAGUUCCUCCUCCUCCAUAAUUCAUUUCUUUCCUUUUUUUCAGAUUAUGUUAAUCUCACUCUGAGUAAAUCCAGUUUUUCUUUUUAAAGUUUGCCGGAUCGUUCACUGCUUCCCUAGCACUCGUUAUUUGGAGAAACCAAGCUACUUUGACAGCACUUAGAGCUGUACUUGGAAUUUGACAGCAGCUAUGGUGUUUGAUUCAGUAACGCCCAUUUCCCCCCAGGAAAUUACAUUUCGCAUUCAAUCUUUUGAGACUCAAGUUUUUUUUUUUGACAAAACGGUUGAUUCGCGCAGGAUUUUGUCAAGUGUGUAAAGUACACUUUGGGAUGACAGAUUUUAAAGCUGAAAGGGGCCUUACAGGAAAUCCAGUUCAUCCAUCUGUUUUACAGAUGAAGACACUGGGCCUAACGAACGUGUAGCUUGACUGAAGCCCUACACACCUUUUGAGUAACUGGACUCCAGGGCUCGAGGCCUUGGUUACCACACCAGGAGCACAGUGCCAGUUUAACCCACUCACUGUAGAGACAGUCUGCCAGAGAGCCACAAUGGACACAGCUAGCCAUAGCCUUGUUCUUCUACAGCAGCUGAACAUGCAGCGAGAAUUUGGUUUUCUGUGUGAUUGCACAGUUGCCAUUGGAGAUGUUUACUUCAAAGCCCACAGAGCAGUGCUUGCUGCUUUUUCUAACUAUUUCAAGAUGAUAUUUAUUCACCAAACAAGUGAAUGCAUAAAAAUACAACCAACUGACAUCCAACCUGACAUAUUCAGCUAUUUGUUGCACAUUAUGUACACGGGGAAAGGGCCAAAACAGAUUGUGGAUCACGGUCGUUUGGAGGAAGGGAUUCGAUUUCUUCACGCCGACUACCUUUCUCACAUUGCAACAGAAAUGAAUCAAGUGUUCUCACCAGAGACUGUGCAGUCCUCAAAUUUGUAUGGCAUUCAGAUCUCAACGACCCAAAAAACAGCUGUCAAACCAGGGCUGGAGGUCAAAGAAGCUCCUUCCAACAACGGUGGCAACAGAGCUGCUGUCCAGGGUGACCACCCCCAGUUGCAGCUCUCUCUCGCUAUUGGGCUGGAUGAUGGCACUGCAGAGCAGCCGAGGGCCCAUCCUGCCGCCCAGGCCUUGGAGGAGCACCAGAAGCCCCCAGUGUCCAUCAAGCAGGAGAGAUGUGACCCAGAAUCUGUGAUCUCCCAGAGCCACGCCUCACCCUCAUCAGAGGGGACAGGUCCCACUUUCACCGAAAGCAGUAUCAAAGUACACUUAUGCCAUUACUGUGGGGAACGUUUUGAUUCCCGAGGUAACCUAAGGCAACAUCUCCAUACCCAUGUGUCUGGAUCCCUCCCGUUUGGUGUCCCUGCUUCCAUUCUGGAAAGCAAUGACCUUGGUGAAGUGCAUCCACUUAAUGAAAAUAGUGAGGCUCUUGAAUGCCGCAGGCUCAGCUCCUUCAUUGUCAAGGAGAAUGAGCAGGAGCCUGACCACUCAAACCAGGGGGCCACAGAGCCCCUGCAGAUCAGUCAAGUGUCUUUGAUCUCCAAAGACACAGAGCCAGUAGAAUUAAACUGUAAUUUUUCUUUUUCAAGGAAAAGAAAAAUUAGCUGUUCCAUUUGUGGUCAUAAAUUUCUCCGAAAAAGCCAAUUGCUAGAACACAUGUAUAUGCACAAAGGUAAAUCGUACAGAUAUAACCGAUGCCAAAGGUUUGGCAAUGCGUUGGCCCAGAGGUUUCAGCCAUAUUGUGACAGCUGGUCUGAUGUCCCCCUGAAAAGUUCUCGCUUGUCACAAGAACAAUUAGAUUCAUCUUGUGCCUUAGAAUCAGAGCUCCCACAAGAAAAUGUGGACACUAUUCUUGUGGAGUAGCAGUUUCUCCUUCACGAUUUUUAUAUCCAUUCUGAAAAAGAAAAUUCAUAAGCAUUUUUAUUCAUAAAUUAUUUUCCUCCCAACUUCUAUUAACCUUUUUCCUUGCCAUUGAUCCACAGUUUUAAGGUUGUAUAUAUUAGGUCUUCUUAUUGUAAGAUACAUAUGGCUAUUAAAAGGUAACCUUCAAGUAGAGUUAUGAACAAUCAUAAAUCACAGUUCAGAAAUCUGAAGUCCAUGUAGAAACUAUGGAACUUUAGAGUUAAUAUUUAUAGAAUGUUUAAGUUGUAGAAUCAGUAAAACCAAAUUGAAAAUGAAGUAAAUGAAAUAUUUUUUAAAGAAUAUUCUAGACUAUCAGUUUUGGCUAAUUUUUCACAUGAAUACGCCACUAUGAAGACUAUUUAAAAAUAUUUUUGGCCAUAUAGGAAGUUAAAGUUAUUUUAAUGCAUAACUAUAUGUUAUAAUGUAUACAGAUUUUGUUUUAAGGCAUAGCUAUAAUAAAAGUAGCUUUAAAAUCA